AUGCUUCCUAAUUCCAAUAACCCUCCUUCAAAACCCAAAUCCCCUGAUUUUUCAGAUCGAAAAAACUCAUUUCUGCUUUCCUUUCACAAUCCACGUACAUGGCUUAUUCUUACCCUCCUCCUCUUUCAAAUUCUUCUCCUCUUCACUCUCCGGUCCCGCCCCUUUUCCGCUUACAUCACUUUCCACCCCCACUCUUCUUCUCCGCUCCUUACCCUCCCCACUGAAUCUUCCGCCGCCGUUCAUGCUGAUAGUAGUUCGACCAUUACACAAGUUGAUAAUGUUACUGACUUAUGUCCUUUAGGUAAAAUCUAUGUAUACGACCUUCCCCUGUUUUUCAACGCUGAGCUAAUUCAAAAUUGUAAUGAGUUAAACCCAUGGAUUUCCCCCUGCGAAGCGCUGUCGAACGAUGGAUUUGGCCGGGAAGCGACCGCACUUUCGAAUUUAAUUCCGGAAAGCUUGAUCCGUUCGUGGUAUUGGACGGACCAGUUUUCAUUGGAGCUAAUUUACCAUAAUCGUAUGUUGAAUUACAGGUGCAGGACUUUGGAGCCGGAAUCAGCCUCGACUUUUUACAUUCCGUUUUAUGCUGGUCUCGCCGUGGGGAAGUACUUGUUUAAGAAUAAUUCCAGUGCAAAAGAUCGCGAUCUGCAUUGCGAGCUGUUGCUCAAUUGGGUACAGAAUCAGACUUAUUGGCAGCGAACUGACGGAUGGGAUCAUUUCAUCUCGAUUGGUCGGAUUUCAUGGGAUUUCCGGCGAAUCAAGGAUGAAGGCUGGGGUUCAAGCUGUAUAUACAUGCAGGGUAUGCGUAACAUCACGCGCCUCCUUAUAGAGAAAAACCCUUGGGAUUAUUUCGACAUUGGAGUACCUUAUCCCACCGGAUUCCACCCCAGCACCGCCGACGACAUCGCACAGUGGCAGAACUUCGUCCGUCACCGUGAAAGAAAAACUUUGUUUUGCUUCGCCGGAGCUACACGUGGGAUUUUCAAAAACGAUUUCCGAGGUUUAUUACUGAAUCAUUGCUACAGCGAGUCAGAUUCAUGCCGAGUUCUGGACUGUGCUGGUUCCAAAUGUUCCAAUGGCACUUCAGAAAUUAUGGAAACUUUUCUCGAUUCGGAUUUUUGCUUACAACCCAGGGGUGAUAGUUUCACUCGAAGGUCCAUUUUCGACUGCAUGGUGGCCGGUUCAAUUCCGGUUUUCUUCUGGAAGAGAACGGCUUAUUUCCAAUACGAGUGGUUUCUGCCCGGUGAACCGGAGAGUUACUCAGUGUUCAUAGACCGGUACGCGGUGAAAAAUGGGUCGUCCAUUAAAGCGGUUCUUGAGAAUUUCAGCAAAGAAAAGGUGAAGUCGAUGAGGGAGAAAGUUAUAGAGAAUAUAGCGAAGAUAGUGUAUGGUAAACCCAAUGAGGGGAUAAAUGGCGUUAAAGAUGCAUUUGAUAUUGCAGUGGAGGGUGUGUUGAAGAGAAUCAAGAAGCAUGGAGGAGAGUAUAAAUGGUAA